AAGAAAAUGCCCUCAAUCAGGGAGACCCUGCAGAAGAUGGGGAUGGAAGUGUCUGAUGGCUUCCCUUCCUUGGAGCACAGUCUAUACCAUCUUGGCGAAGCGCUUCAUAAUGUGACAGCACCUACCACCCUCACAAACUACAGAGAUACGCAGUAUUUUGGUGAAAUCAGCAUUGGCACGCCAGCCCAGAUCUUCAAAGUCAUUUUUGACACAGGGUCGGCCAACCUUUGGGUGCCAUCCCACCAGUGCUCCCCACUGUACAGCGCCUGUGCUUCCCACGCCCGCUACGACUCCUCCAAAUCAAGUACAUACAGGCCAAAUGGAACUCAAUUUGCAAUCCAAUAUGGGAAAGGACACGUCAAGGGUUUCCUUAGCCAGGACAUUGUGACAGUUGCUGGCAUUCCCAUUUUCCAGGUGUUUGCAGAAGCCACAGCGCUCACUAACAAACCUUUCAACUAUGCCCAGUUUGACGGAGUGCUUGGUAUGGGGUAUCCCAGUCAAGCCAUUGAUGGUGUUACCCCAGUGUUUGAUAAGAUCAUGUCUGAACGGAUUCUGACCUCAGAAGUGUUCUCUGUCUACUACAGCAGGAAUUCUGCGCUGAACACUGGGGGAGAAAUCAUCCUGGGAGGCAGUGACCCAUCUUACUACACGGGGGACUUCCACUAUCACAGCAUCAGCCGGGAAGGCUAUUGGCACAUUGAUCUUAAAGGGGUUUCUGUCGGGGGCGAGCUGCUGUUCUGUCAUGAAGGCUGCACGGCAUCUAUAGAUACUGGGACUUCCUAUAUCACGGGCCCAGCUAGUUCAGUGUCUAUUCUGAUGAAAGCCAUAGGAGCUACUUUCUUUGAAGAGAAAGAUUAUAUCAUCGAAUGCAAGAAAAUUCAUUUGCUGCCUGAUAUCGCCUUCCAUUUUGGACAGAGAGCCUACAUACUCAGUGGCUCCGCCUACGUCCUCCAGCAUUCUGAAUAUGGCCAAGAGUUCUGCACUGUGGCGUUCUCAGGUUUUGAUAUUCCUCCUCCACUGGGCCCUCUCUGGAUUCUGGGUGCUAGUUUCAUCGGAGAGUACUACACCGAAUUUGACCGGCAGAACAACCGAAUUGGCUUUGCCACAUCUCUCUGA